AUGAAACUUAGCGUCGCCUCCACCGCUUUGGCCAUCGGCCUCGCAGCUCUCACCACCCUGAAGCAAUUUCGCUCUGCGUCUGCUGCGCUGAUCCCCAACGCCGAUACGCCCGUCUUCUACCUGGUGGCUACUGAUCCAUACACGGAGAACGAUACCUUCAUGCCAUUACGUCUGUUCGGGUGGACGAAUCAAUCUACCCUCACGGGUAUUGGCCCUAUCGCGAAGCUUUACUUUAUCAACGACACGCUCGUUGCUGAAGACCCUGUCAAUGGAGCCGCAUCCCCCUACCUUUACCGACCCUACGUCGAUUUUAGCGUCAAACCAGGUCGUGACGAUAACGGUGACUACGACGCAUCCCAGGACGACGACGACUGCUCUGCUUCUUCCGGGCCCCUCAUCUUCAUCCAAGAGAACCGUCCAGACGGAACAACUCUCGACUCUCCCCCCUGUGCCGCCUUCGGAACCUUCUUCCUCUUCUCGGACAGGAUGGACGCGCAGUUGGGCGCCAAGUUGCAGCUGAACAACAACUUGACGAGCUUCUACAGUUGUGGAAAGGACAGAGAUAUUUAUUACAAGAUGGACGUCUCUGACGAACCCGUUGAUUGUACUGUACCUGUUCAGCUUUACACCCUUCCAGUCGUUUAG